AUGCCCGCUUUGCCGGAAGGUAACAUUAAGCAAUGUGACCGACACGCAAGAGAACGCGCUUACAGAAUUCUUGAGAGAGUUGCCGGAAAUGGUGCAGCAAUUCAAACUCCCCAAGCCGUUCAGGCCUCAAUGCUCGACUUGCCUGAAAAAGUGAGGAUCACAAGCCGCUCGCUUUGGAAGCAAUUUGGUGUGGCGGUGAAUGGACUGGUCGAUGUCCAAAGUUUCACGUUUGUCUUCAAGCAAACCCCAAGCAUUAUGCCAGCCAUAAAUGUAUCGAACACGAAAAGAAUGAAAAAUAUCCAACUUGUAUCCUGGGAACGUGCCAAUUUCCGAUUGUUUGCUGUCUGGCUCGAAAUAGAUCAUCCUAUUGUAGUGCUGAUCCGAGUUGCUUUGAUGAAA